AUGAAGAGCUUGAGGAGGGAUAUCUCUUCAAACCCGCAAGCUGCCAAUGUUACGAGCAAAGUAUUCGUGAGGUCCACGAAAAGUGGGAAGGUGCAAAAGAUUGUUCGAGAGCUUUAUUUGAGACAAGACAUUCCUUGUUCCUCGAAACUCUGCUCAAUAUGCCCUUCAAUCGCCCCGGCUGAUGCCAAUGGAAACAUCGCGCCAUUCGUCCUCUCCGAUCGUCCCGCUGGCACGAAGGCCUUCCCCCGUGGCCACUAUCUUGUCCCCGAUACAAAUGCGCUACUCAAUGGAAUGGAUCUCUUUGAGCACACCGGCGCCUUCUACGAUGUCGUCAUCCUGCAGACUGUCCUUGAGGAGCUCCGAAACCAGUCACUACCUCUCUAUAACCGCCUUCUUUCCCUCAUUAAGACUGACGAGAAGCGCUUUUAUCUCUUCUUCAAUGAGUUUCGCAUGGAGACGCAUGUGCGCCGAGGUCCGCAGGAGUCGAUCAACGAUCGGAACGAUCGAGCCGUGCGCACCGUGGCAAUCUGGUACGGCGAGCAUCUCCGAGAGUCUGCAGCAAAGAAGGGCAAGAAGGAGAAGUCCGUUCCUGCGAUUGUUGUCAUUACCGAUGACAAGGGGAACCUCCGCAAAGCGAAGGAAGAGAAUGUCACAGCCUUGUCGUUGUCAGACUAUGUGGCCGGCUUGGAAGAUUCGGAGAAGCUGCUGGACAUGAUCAGUGAGGCCAGAGAAGCGCGUGACACGAAGGGUGCCCGCGGAGAACUGUUCUACCCCGAGUAUUAUUCGAUGUCAAAAAUGAUGACUGGUUUGCGGGCUGGAAAUUUGCACCAGGGAGUGUUCAAUGUUUCGCCCUACAACUACCUCGAAGGCUCAGUCAAAGUUCCAUCCUUUGAUAAGCCACUUCUCAUUCUCGGCCGUGAUAACAGCAACCGUGCGAUUGCGGGUGAUGUUGUUGUGAUUGAAGUCCUGCCCCAAGAUCAGUGGAAAUCUCCUUCGACAAAGAUCAUGGACGAGGAAGCAGUGACUCGUAAUGACAACCCUGAAUCCGAGGAGGCGGAAGCCGUCGUUACGGAUAGAGAGCGCAAAGCUCUUCAAGACGAAGUCAAGAAAGCCCACAGCAAUCGCGCCGAAGGCAAGCCGCAGCCAACCGCUCAUGUUGUCGGAGUCAUCAAGCGUGGCUGGCGGCAGUACGUUGGUCAUGUGGAUUCCGGCUCAACUGGUUCUCAGGCUGCUUCCGGUCGCAGACAACAAACCGUCUUCCUCUUGCCCAUGGACAAACGAGUACCGAAGAUCCGAGUUCGCACCAGACAGGCCAACGAAUUGCUCGGCCAGCGCAUUCUUGUCACCAUUGACGCUUGGGAUCGGGAUUCUCGUUAUCCUACUGGUCAUUUCAUUCGUUCUCUGGGUGAGUUGGAAACGAAAGGAGCAGAAACGGAGGCUCUUCUAUUAGAGUAUGACGUACAGUACAAGCCCUUCCCCAAGUCGGUUCUGGACUGUCUGCCAGCAGAAGGACACGAUUGGAAGGUCCCCGUCUCAAAGGAAGACAAGGGCUGGAAGGGCCGACGAGACCUGCGCGAUUUGGUCGUCUGCAGUAUCGAUCCUCCGGGAUGUCAGGAUAUUGACGACGCUCUCCACGCACGCCUUUUGCCGAACGGAAACUUCGAAGUUGGCGUCCACAUUGCAGACGUGUCGCACUUUGUCAAGCCCAAUAACCCCAUGGACCUUGAAGCCAGUGUCCGCGGUACCACGGUGUAUCUCGUCGACAAGCGUAUUGACAUGCUUCCCCACCUCCUUGGCACAGAUUUGUGCUCUUUGAAACCAUACGUGGAGCGCUAUGCCUUCUCUGUUAUCUGGGAGUUGACACCCAACGGAGAGAUCGUGUCUUCAGAUUUCACCAAGUCUGUCAUUCGCUCGCGUGAAGCAUUCAGCUACGAGCAGGCCCAGCUUCGCAUUGAUGACCCCUCGCAAAAAGACGAGUUGACUGAGAGCAUGCGACACCUCUUGCACUUCUCCAAGAUUUUUAAGCAAAAACGUUACGAUGCCGGUGCUUUGAACCUUGCCUCUCCUGAAGUCCGUAUCGAGGCCGGCGACGAAGCUGGCGAUCCUCUAACGGACGUCAAGACUAAGGCCAUGCUCGCCACCAACAGCCUGGUCGAAGAAUUCAUGCUUCUCGCCAACAUCUCCGUCGCUUCUAAAAUUUUCCAGUCUUUCUCGCAAACCGCCUUGCUACGACGACACGCCACUCCCCCACCCCAGAAUUUCGAAGACCUCAUCAACCAGCUGUCGAAGAAGCGUAACAUGGAACUAGAUGUCUCCAGCUCUGGAGCCCUCGCCAAAUCUCUGGACCGCUGCGUUGACCCCAAGAACCCCUUCUUCAACACCCUAGUUCGCAUCCUGGCAACCCGAUGCAUGACCUCCGCGGAAUACUUCUGCGCUGGCGCCCAUGCCGAGCCUGAAUUCCGCCACUAUGGUCUUGCAUCCCCUGAUUUACACUCACUUCACCUCGCCCAUUCGUCGGAAGGCCAUGCCGUCGCCGAAGGCGUCAGCACUCGCGGCAAGCUGGAAGAUAUCUGCCGUAACAUCAACUUCCGACACCGCAACGCACAGUUUGCCGGCCGCGCCAGUAUUGAGUAUUACGUUGGCCAGGCACUCAAGGCCCGUGGUGAGAAGAUGGCCGGAGGUGGUGAGAACAGCGGUGUUGACGAAGAGGGCUACGUCAUGCGAGUUUUCGAGAAUGGCGUUGUUGUCUUCGUGCCGCGCUUUGGAAUUGAGGGUGUCGUUCGACUAGAAGACUUCGUGCUUCCUGGUGAGUCGGGUGUCUACUCGGUCGCUGAGAGACGAGAGCUCGCCGUCCACCGCACCACCGAGUUUGAUAACGAGGAGUAUACCCUGCGUGUGGAGGAGAAGGGCCACCCGGAGAAGGAGCGCAGUGUCACUGUGGAGCUCUUCCAGAGGGUGCAAGUCAAUGUCAGCUCUGUCAAGGAAGAGGGUCGGGGUGCCGGAAAACGGAGAGUUCGUAUUCUUAUUACGGGCACAACCGACAAAUAA